UAAACGUAGGCAUCGCGGGCAACAAUGUGGAAGCAAUCCUUUACAGAGUUGAGGUAAUGAACAUCCCCUCCUCUGUGUCUAACAUCUCUCUCCUCUGUGGCACUAAUAAUUUAUGUUCACAUUCUCCUGCCACUAUUUCUUCCACACUUACUGAAAUUUUAUUUUUACUGUGACGAAAGUGUCCAACUGCACAUAUCCAUUUAUUUCCAAUUUUACCACAAUUCGAUCACCUUCAAACACACGUUGCUGCUACUAACUCUCGUAUUUAUUUUCAGGUGCAAGAAUUGUUUCCAGAAUUUGUUUUUUACCAUGAACUGCCAUCCACCCUAUUUAAUCCAAAUUUGUACAGGCCUGAUAAACUCCAUCUUAAUGCAAAAGGAAAUGACAUUCUGGUCAGGUGGUUUCACCACAGCCUAACCAGGUCAACCCCAAACAAACCUGAACCAAACACACCCCCCAUGCCCUCCCUGCAAGAUGUUCCCUCUCCUCUCAUUAUCACAGAUAGUGAUUGGCCUCCCUUACCUGCCCCAUCACAACCCUCCAACCCAACUAUACCAUGCAGGUACAGCAAACAAAGUUCGACUCCCCCUGCAUAUACCCUUACCAGUUCCAAGCCAGGUCCUAAACCUAGCCCUACCCAAUUUAUCUCCAAUGUUCUCCAAAAUCCCAGCCCUACAAAAUGCAGCUCCAUUGCCAAACCCUGCUAUACCAAAUUGAGCUCUAAAUCUAGGCCCAGCCAGCCCAGAUCCAAGAUCAGCCUUAACCAGCCCAGCUCUUGCCAAGACGGUCCAAAACCUACCUCUAGCCAGCCAAAACAGAAAUUCAGCUGCCCUAAACCCAACCCAAAAUCCAACCCUACCCAACCAAGACAUAAAGUCAACCGUACCCUGCCAAAUCCAAAAAAAAACCCUACCCAACACAAUAAAAAAGCUAGCCGGGCUCCCCAGCCUAGUACAAAAAGUAGCCCCACCUAUCCCACCCUGAAACGUAGCCUUACCCACCCCAGUACAAAGCCUAGCCCUGACCAGCACAAUCAAAUACCAAGGCCUAACCAACCAAGUCAAAACUCCGGCCCUACUCAACACAGUAAAACACCUGGCCCUACCCAACCCAGUAACAAACUUAGCUCUACCAAGCCUAGUAAGAAACCAUGUUCUACUCAACCCAGCCAAAAAUGUUGUGCUACCCCUCCCAGUCUAAAACCUUACCCUGCUCAGCCAAGUCAGAAACCAUGUUCUAGCAAAUCCAGCCAAAAGCCUUGUUCUACCUAUCCUAGACAUAAAUCUAGCCCUACUCAACCCAGUCAUGACCCUAUCUAUACUCCGUCCAGUGAAAAACCUAACCCUACCCAACCCAGUCAAAAUCCCAGCUAUACCCAGCCCAGUGAAAUACCUAACCACACCAAACCUGAACAAAUGCCCACCCAACAUCACUCUGAAAGUAAGCCUGAUGCUUCUCUGCCAAAAGCAGAUGAAGAUGAAACAUUUGUUUAUGAACCACUUCAUGUAGAAGUGGGUAUCAGGGGCGUACCUACAACAGGUAGCACCUUCACUUUGACACUGUGUGGACCCCCGCCCCCUUUGAAAAAUCCUGGCUACACCCGUGGGUAUGUCAAAAGAGGGGGUUCACUGCUUUGUGUGAGUAUUGACACUGAAAAGCUUCUAGAAGAAAAGAAGGAACAAUUUGGUUACUAUAAAACUUGUAAACUGUUGCCACAACAGUUUCCCAAAUAUUAG